AUCAGAGCAGGCAACAGACGCCAAGACAAAGGAUCUGACAUUCUCUGACACACCACUGGAGCGAGCUCUAGGCAUACAUUGGAGCAUAGAAAAGGACAGCUUCAGAUUCAACAACACUUUGGCAAAGCAACCAGGAACACGCAGAGGUAUAUUAGCUACUGUUGCCUCCAUAUUCGACCCUCUUGGCUUCCUUGCGCCAUAUGUCCUGAUGGGGAAGAAGAUCUUGCAAGAAAUGUGUCGUCAAGGUGUCGGCUGGGAUGACCCCCUGCCAGAACUGCUGAAGCCACGGUGGGAGAGCUGGCGACAUGAUUUUGCCAACCUAGAAAAAAUAGAGAUAGAUCGAUGUUACUUACCUGUCAAUUUUGGAGUAGUUAUGGAAACAGAAUUACACCACUUUUCGGAUGCCAGCACCAGUGGAUAUGGGCAGUGCUCUUAUCUGAGAGUCAAGAACCUGAGAGGAGAAAUUCAAUGCUCUCUAGUGAUAGGAAAAGCCCGUGUUUCUCCCACAAAGUUAACGACAAUACCACGACUGGAAUUAACAGCAGCUGUAGUUUCAGUUACGGUCAGCAACAUGCUCAGAGAGGAGCUAAGUUACACUGAUGUGAAAGAACACUUCUGGACAGACUCCAAGGUAGUGUUGAGCUACAUAAAUAAUGACUCAAGACGCUUUCAUACCUUUGUUGCUAACAGGGUCCAGAAGAUCCGUAACAGCACAACCCCUCAGCAAUGGCAUUAUGUACCAACGGAUAAAAAUCCAGCAGAUGGUGCAUCCCGGGGAAGAACAGUAAAUGAGCUACUCAGAUCCAACUGGUUCACUGGUCCCAUGUUCCUCUGGGAAAGUGAAAUAUCCACAUCAGAAGAUGAAGUACCCGACCUAGCUGUAGGAGAUCCAGAGAUCAGAAAAGCUCAAGCACUGCAGACGUCUGCACUACAGACAUCAGAACCAAUCAGCAUUGCAGACCGUCAAUAUAAGUUCUCAGAAUGGUCCCGAGCCGUCAAAGCUGUGGCCCGCCUUGUGCGACGGGCUAGGAAAAUCAAGUCAAAUGCUCCCUCCACCGUGAGUGAGCAGAAAAGUGCUGAAUGUGUCAUAAUCAGAGAUGUGCAAAAUCAAGCAUAUGAAAAGGAGAUCAAACAGUUAAAGACGGGAAAUCAAUUAACAAAAAACAACAAACUGUACCAUCUUGACAUGUUUAUAGACACGGACAACAUCCUGAAGGUGGGAAGAAGACUACACCAUUCAUCCCUUACAGACUCACUUAAGCACCCCAUUGUCAUUCCCAAAGAGCAUCAUGUGACCAAGUUGCUUUACUGCAAAUGAAAUCAGAUCCAAUGGAUAUUGGAUCCCCGGUAUGAGCCGAGCAGUUUCUUCAUUCAUUCGCCAGUGUGUAAUCUGUCGCAAACUCAGGAGACCUCCAGAGGGCCAAAGGAUGAGUGACUUACCUACAGAACGCAUAGAGCCCUCCCCUCCAUUCACUUAUUGUGGUAUGGACUGCUUUGGUCCCUUCAUCACUACAGAGGGAAGGAAACAGCAUAAACGAUAUGGCCUGCUACUUACCUGCUUUUGUUCACGGGCCAUCCAUCUAGAGAUGCUGGAGGAUAUGUCCACCGAUGCCUUCAUAAACAGCUUACGAUGCUUCAUUGCUAUCAGAGGUGCUGUCCGUCAAAUCCAGUGUGAUCAAGGCACAAAUUUUGUUGCC